UUAGAGCUAUUUUUCGCAUUAAAGCGAUGAGAACGUGUGUUGCUCAAUUAUUCUUAGUGGAGCAUUACGUAAGGGGCACUGCAGGCACCCACGGGCUGCAGCCCGCUCACGACUGGUCUCUGCUCCGCGGUUAAACCCACGUAUUCCAGCCGGGAAGGUGGGCUCCGGCAUUUGCAGUAACCUGGAGAACCUCCUGCGAGCUGCUGAGGACCAAGGGCCACGGGUGACGAGCCACCAGUGGCACGUUGGAGCUGAGGCCAGGCAGCUGCUCCGAAAUCCACAGGUCAUUCUGGUAUUUCUGAAAUGACCCACGCGCUCUAUCCCGCGCCGAACGUUUCCAGCAGCCCCGUCAUGACACAGAGCAACCGAACUUGUCCUGAUCCCGUGAUAACGUUUAAGUACAGCCUGUACGCAAGCACCUACACCAUCAUAUUUGUGCCUGGGCUGCUGGCAAACAGCACUGCCCUGUGGGUUUUGUGUCGCUUCAUCAGCAAGAAGAACAAAGCUGUGAUUUUCAUGAUCAACCUGGCCGUGGCCGACCUGGCUCACGUCCUCUCUCUGCCGCUGCGAAUAUACUAUUACAUUAACCACACGUGGCCUUUUGGGAGGUUCCUCUGCUUACUGUGUUUCUACCUGAAGUACCUCAACAUGUACGCGAGCAUCUGCUUCCUCACCUGCAUCAGCAUCCAGCGGUACCUCUUCCUCUACCAGCCCUUCAAGGCCAAGGACUGGAAGCGGCGGUACGACGCGGCCAUCAGUGCCGCGGUGUGGCUGCUCGUCGGGGCGGCUUGCUCCCCGUUUCCCAUCAUGCGGAGCUACGGCCUCGCCAACAGCACCAACACCUGCUUCGCGGACCUCGAAGUCCGGCAGAUCGACAGCAAGGUGGCCACGGUGCUGAUGACGGCGACGGCGGAGGUCUUCGGGUUCGUGGGCCCUCUCAUUAUCAUCUUGUUCUGCACUUGGAAAACAAAGGUUUCCCUUCGGGGAUUUCAGAUACCGCCGCAAAACAGCGGCGAGAGGCAGAAAGCUUUACGGAUGGUUUCCAUGUGCGCCAUCGUGUUCUUCGUGUGCUUUGCACCGUACCACAUCAACUUCUUUUUCUACAUGAUGGUGAAAGAGAACGUUAUCACAGACUGUUUCUUACGUAGCAUCACUCUUUACACCCAACCCUUUUGCUUAAGUCUUGCAAGUCUGGACUGCUGUUUGGAUCCAAUCCUGUAUUUCUUUAUGAAUUCAGAGUUUCAGGAUCAGAUAUCGAGACACAGCAGCAUGGUCAUCAGGAGCCGGCUCAUGAGCAAAGAAAGCGCCUCAUCGUUUAAGGAGUGAAAAGAAGGCUGAAAAGAGUAACCAGAUAUUUCAUAUGCAAUCCGAGACUGUUCUGUGAUGUUCGUUUACCACCUUUGUGGAAGAUCCUGCAAGACUGCUUUUUCGGGGGAGAUUUGUGGCGGUGGAAAUCUUUUGAUUUACACACGAUAAAAACUUGUUUAAGACCAGCAUGUUAGUAGCUGAGGAGCGACCCAGCCGGCGUGACUGCGCCCGCCGACGCGAUGCCCACGCCUGACCCGACCAGACCGUGGAGGUGCAGAAGGGAGCAAUGAGGCUUUCGUCGGGAUUUCCUGUUUUCCCAGCUUUAGUGGUUCUGUGACCAAGUUGGAGACAGUCGCAUGCUGACAUCCACUGAAGCAUCUUCCCAGCUGAAAAUGUGCAGUGUGUAUAAGAACCCCAAAAUGGCCAAUAACCAUCAGUGACUGUUUCAGGUCUCUGCGCUCAGGGACGCGGCACGUGGAAGGUUCACGGCUUGCUCCGGCGCGGCAGCCUCCGUUUGCCGACUUCAAGCCCACGCCACGAGUCGCAGCGCUCGCACUCGUCUUCCCCCCUUCCUGUCUCCAUCGUUUGCCUCCGCUCGCCCUGCUCCGAGCUUGUUCUCCGCUGCAGCCCGUGACCUGCAGCCCCGGGCGAGCUCUCCCCGCGCUGCCGCAGCCGCUCCGGGGCGCGGGACUGGCCCUCGCUCCCACCGCCUCGCUGCCCGCUCCGCAGUGGGACACGGGGCUCCGGACCGCGGGGAGCCUCCGAGGGCGGCCGGGAGCCCCUCUGCUCCGGGCUGAGCACCACCCCGGCCGCAUUUAACCCCCCCGGGGGCACCGUGCGAGUCCUCACGCUCUUCUGCCUACGGCUGUCUCAGCCCGAGGGGAUCUGUGAUGGUUUUACGGUGAAAUCCGUCCCCAGGAAAAUCAGCUGGAAAAUGUUUGAAAAAAGUAAGGUGCCCUUGCCGAGACAAUGUCACCGCCCGAGCAAUGGCUAAUUUCCUCCAGUAAAUUAUUCACAGGUAUUUUUCCCAUCAGCCACUCUCACGUUCUUACUGUUUACAUUUUUAUGCCUUCAUUAACGAUGAAUAUAUUAAAAGCAGUCACAAGGUUGGAUUCCAUUUACCCCCGAAGCGCUUUAAAUAAGCCACAGGUUUUAAGCCGCAUUCACCCAGUUUGUGUAACUUCCAGGGUUUCGGCAUGCUGAUGGCUGGGGGGAGUUUUGGCACCGAUUUAUUCCCUUUGGAAAACCUGCGGCUUUUCAAAAGCUUCCGGAGCAAUUCUCAGCAAGCAUCAGCGGCAGCACCUCACGUAUUGCUAUAAAAUACAAGGAAUUUCAGAAACACUCACUAAGUAUAACUGAAAUCUAACCACUUAAUUCCACUUUGUUACGUUUUGACUCAACCAAAGAUUUUCUGCAUAUUGGUUUUACACACAGUGAAGUGGGGAAAGGCAAACGACAGCCAGGUUUCGAUAACCGUGACACCAGAGUUCCUCUGAAAGGCGCUGAAGACAUAUUGUUUCUAUAGAAUAAGCUACUGUAGUUCUCCUGUUUGUAAAAAGAUGAUUAGGAUCUAUAGUACGAUGAAUUUAAUCCUAUCUGUAUGUAAGUGAGAGGACUGAAAUGUGCUUAUCUGAAGGAAAUAGCUUUUAAGAAGAGUGUAUUCGUGCAAGUUUCUGUAGUUUUCUAGUGAGGAAACUGCCGAGUAGGUGAACAGUCCAUCUCCCAAUGAAGUCAAUGGAAAUAUUUCCACUGGUUUAACUGGGCGGUUUAUUACGCCAGUGAUAUACAUACACGUUUACACACUGCACGUAAUCCCUUUAAAAUGUGAGCAAAGGGUGAUGCUCAGGUAUAGUUAAGCAUGUAUAACGCAACUCUUGCCAGCUUAGCAGCUUUCUCAUGAGCUAGAUGCUGUAUAAUAUCGUCCGUGAAUGAGACUGCAGUUUCAGUGGCUGUUUUGAGGGUUUUGUAGACCUUGAUCACCUAGCACGUGGCUGGGAGCUGCUUACUGUAAUUUCCUUCUCAAACAAUUCUGCAUUUAUGGAGUGAAAACAAGUUGAAGACACUGCUCUGGUAACCGUGUAGCUUGUUCUACGUUUUUCCUUCCAAAGAUUGAUGCUUAAAAAAUAAACGCAUUUUGGCAAAUGUAA